UCUUCUCUCCUCAUUCCUCAGCUCUCAGCUCUCAACUCAAGUUUCAACUUUCAAGAAAGAAAACAAAUCAAAUUAAAUCAGAUCACACCUCAGAUUCAGAUCCAUGGAUAACGAGAUCGACGUUCCUCCGUUCUUUCUCUGCCCAAUCUCGCUUGAAAUCAUGAAGGAUCCAGUAACCGUCUCCACCGGCAUCACCUACGACAGAGAGAGCAUCGAGACAUGGCUCUUCUCCGCCAAGAACAACACCUGCCCCGUAACCAAGCAACAACUAUCUUCUUCUGAUUUCUCCGAUCUAACUCCAAACCACACUCUUCGCCGAUUGAUUCAGUCAUGGUGUACCAUCAACGCUUCCUACGGCAUCCAAAGGAUUCCCACACCUAAACCACCGGUCAACAGAAACCAGAUCUCAAAGCUCCUCAAAGAUGCUUCCCGUUCCACCACCGUCAACCAGAUCAAGUGUCUCAGAAAGCUCAAAUCCAUUGCUUCUGGAAGCGAAACAAACAAAAGGUGCAUGGAAGCUGCUGGUGCCGUUGACUUCUUGGCUUCCGUUGUCAACAACAACAUCGAUUGUUCUUCUUCUGAUCAUCACGACGACGAUGAUGAUGAUGAAGCUUUGAAGAAUAGUCCCUCCGAUGAAGCACUAAGCAUGCUCUACAAUCUUCAUGUAUCCGAAGCUGGAUUGAAGAAUCUCAUAGGAUUCAAGAACGGAGAGUUUGUGAAUUCUCUAACGAGGAUUUUGCAGAAAGGAACAUACGAUUCAAGAGCUUACGCAGUUUUCAUGCUGAAAUCAAUGUGUGAGGUGGCUGAACCGGUUCACCUUCUUCACUUAAGAACCGAGUUAUUCGUGGAGCUAGUUCAGGUUUUGAAGGACCAGAUUUCUCACAAGGCAACAAAAGCCGCCCUCCACGCUCUGAUCCAGAUCUCUUCGUGGGGGAGAAACAGGAUCAGAGCGGCAGAGGCCGGCACAGUUGCCGUUCUCGUGGAGCUUCUUCUCGAAACUAAAGAGAGGAAGCCCUGCGAGAUGAUGCUAGUUUUGUUAG